AUGGGGGCCAGUCGGAAGCUGCAGGGCGAGAUCGACCGCGUGCUCAAGAAGGUGCAGGAGGGCGUCGACGUCUUCGACAGCAUCUGGAACAAGGUCUACGACACCGAGAAUGCCAACCAGAAGGAGAAGUUCGAGGCCGACCUCAAGAAGGAGAUCAAGAAGCUGCAGCGCUACCGCGACCAGAUCAAGACCUGGAUCCAGUCCAGCGAGAUCAAGGACAAGAAGGCUCUCAUGGAUGCCCGCAAGCAGAUUGAACGCGAGAUGGAACGAUUUAAGGUCUGUGAGAAGGAAACUAAAACCAAGGCCUUCUCGAAAGAAGGGUUAGGUCAACAGCCUAAAACUGAUCCUAGAGAGAAGGCUAAAGCUGAAACAAGAGAUUGGCUUAACAGUGUGGUUAGUGAUUUGGAAAAUCAGAUUGAUAAUUUUGAAGCGGAGCUUGAAGGACUUUCAUUUAAGAAAGGAAAACAAAGACCUCCUCGAUUGGUACAUUUAGAGAAAUCUAUUACGCGGCAUAAGGCUCAUAUAAAAAAAUUGGAGUCAAUUCUGAGACUCUUGGAUAAUGAUGAGUUGAGUCCUGAGCAAGUCAAUGAUGUGAAAGAUUUCCUAGAAGACUAUGUUGAACGUAAUCAGGAAGAUUUUGAUGAAUUUAGUGAUGUUGAGGAUCUCUAUAGCACAUUGCCUAUGGAGAAGGUUGAAGCACUCGAAGACAUGGUUUCACUUGCUCCUUCCAUUCUUAUCAAGGGUGUUGCUGCUGUUUCCACUACUGCAGUUUUGAGUACGAAGAGUCCGACAGCAACUUCACCUACUCAGGCUACUGUAUCAACAAUCUCACAAGGGACAUCACAAGAUCAAGCAGAGGAAACAACUACGCUAGAAAGCAAUCCUGAAUCGGUGCCACAAACACCACCUCCGAAGGGUGGAAAUCUGGGACCAUCAGUGCCAGUUGUGCCCACUGCCAUUAGUACCAGUGCUGCAGCUGUUUCCGUUUCGGCAGAUACUAUUACUUCCCCAGGCCCAGUACGACCAGUUAUUCCUGCCACAGCACCCACAAUAUUUGCUCCUGCUGCUGUUCGAAAUGCUCCAGAGAGCAUGCCUGCUGUUGCUUCAACUCCUGCAAACUUAUCUACUGCCGUGAAGGAUGAUGAAAGCAUGAGCUUUCCUCCACGUAGACCGUCUCCCGCAGUUACUGAAAUUGGUCUUGGCAGGGGUAUUGCCCGUGGCUUAACUAGUCAGCCUUUAGCUGCUCCCAUAAGUGUAGGCCCAGUUCCAGGAAAUGGGUCCAUUACUGCAAUUCCUCCAAUAAAUGACCUGUCCAAACGAAACAUAAUGAAUACCGAUGAGAGGGUUAACAGUGGCGGUCUUUCUCAGCAGUUGGUUUCACCUCUUGGUAGUAAAGUUCAACCACAGCCGGUUCUGAAGACUAACGACGCAGUUAGCUCUGAUUCCAGUAACACAAGUGAAAGUGCGGUUAUUGGAGGAAGGGUAUUUUCUCCUCCGGUUGUUCCUGGGGCUCAGUGGAGGCCUCAAGCUCCUGCUGGUUUCCAAAAUCAAAGUGAAACUGGUCAAUUUCGUGGAAGACCUGAGGUCACCGACCAAAGGGAGAAGUACUUGCAAAGAUUGCAACAAGUACAGCAGCAGCAGGGCAACCUUCUUAACGCUUCUCAUAUAACAGGCAUCAACCAGAAGCAAUUUCCAACCCAGCAGCCCAAUUCCCUCUUACAACAGUUUAAUUCUCAGAGUUCUUCUAUCUCUUCUCAAGGGGGCCUUGGGCUAGGGGGUCAGGGACCAGACGCUGGGCAAACAAAAAGUGAUGAGCAACAAGGCUUGGCCGAUGAUGCUAGUGUGGAGUCUGCUGCAACAACUGGACCUAAUAAGCACACCAAUGAAGAUGACACUAAGGCUCCUUAUUCGAAUCCUCCAGCAUCCGUAGCAGAAGGCACCCAGCUAUCUAGAGACUCUGAUCUAUCACCCGGGCAGCCUAUGCAAGCUGGCAUGCCAUCAUCUGGUGUUGGUGUUAUCGGCCGGAGGAGUGUAUCUGAUUUUGGAGCAAUUGGAGACAAUCUCAGUGGAGCUUCGGUAGUUUCGGGUCACGAUCACCUUUAUAAUUUGCAAAUGCUCGAAGCUGCAUACCACAGGCUUCCCCAGCCCAAGGACUCUGAGCGUGCGAAAACUUAUAUUCCGAGGCACCCUUCAGUGACCCCUGCUAGUUACCCACAGAUUCAGGCACCGAUUGUGACAAAUCCUGCUUUUUGGGAAAGGCUCGGUAGUGAUACAUUGUCUACAGAUAUGUUAUUCUUUGCAUUCUACUAUCAGCAGAACUCGUACCAACAGUAUUUGGCCGCCAAAGAACUAAAAAAGCAGUCAUGGAGAUUUCACAGGAAGUACAAUACUUGGUUCCAACGGCAUGUGGAGCCACAGGUCACGACCGAUGAGUAUGAGCGGGGAUCGUACGUGUACUUUGAUUUUCAUCUCGCAGAUGACGGCAAUGGGUGUGCCAAAGGAUCAAGAACGACUUCACAUUUGAAUACAACUUCCUUGAGGAUGAACUGUCAGUACAACCAAACUAGGGCACUAGGGCUGAUCAAAGCGUUUGAUCAAUGCGACUCAUGUAAUUUUCAGAAUGGAACUGUUGGAACCUGGAACAAAUUCAAAUUCCCCAGUUGUAAGUUGUAA